CCAAACCCAGUUAGGCUUCGAGCAAGGGACUGUGGGGGUCCAUUGACUUCACUUGCUGCCUAGCAGCGGUAGAGGACGUCUAUGUUACUGCUGGUGGCUGCCACAGGAUACUGCCUCCAUCCGGUGUGACGUCUUCCUCUAAAGCUACAGUAAUCAUUCGUAUUUGAUGUGUUGGGGAACGAGUGUUUAACGUCAUCAUGGGUCACAUGUGUCCUAACUGAAAGGGAAGUAAGUGUCCGUGAUAUAACGAAGGAUUCGUUUCGUGGUUUACACGAGUUUCCCUUGACCGCUCACUUGUUAAGGAUGGAGGAAGACAACACCCACCCAACGCUGUGGGCUGUUGUCAAGGUGCUCGCUGAACAUAACCAGGUGAAUGACAACAACAGCAAAGGGAAGAAACAGCUGAUAUCCGUCACCCUGAACCCGCACUGGACAGCCAGGGACGUACAGGUGGCCCUCCUGAAGGCUCUAGGUUUAGGACCCACCGUGUCCGCUUCGGCCCACAACAUCGUCAAAGUAAGGGACGCCCAUGGCGCCCUUCUGCCACUCACGCCCACGGCCCUCCAUUCUUCUCCUGUGCAGCCUUUAGUCGUGGAAAUAUGCGGGACGCAUCAGCAUGUUGCUGUGGAAGACAGCCGAGUAGAAGCCUUGCCCCCAACUUUCAGAACUGCAGUCGAAGCCAUCAUCAAGCGUUUUGAAGAAAGACUGAAUGCAGUGGAGACAGGCCUCGGCGGGCUGCCAGGACGCCGUCAAUUACUUGUGGAGAAAGAACUGCACAGGAUCCAAGAGACGCUGAACUUCAUGACGAGGAGGCUUGACCUCACUCGUGCCCCAACAUGGGUCACGGGGCAGACUUAAAUUCGGGAGAUAAUGACUGUAAGACUUAUUUGUCCUCUCCAUCACAAAACCCGUAGGUGGGUAAUGCCGUCAGUGCAGUUCAUGCGGUGCACUGUAGGCAUUACUCAAGGUUCUCUGCAACGUUCCUUCGGCCCCUAGCUGCAACCCUUUUCAUUCCUUGUACUGUACCUCCUUUCAUAAACUUUCUUCCAUCUUACUUUCCACCCUCUCCUAACAGUUGAUUCAUAGUGCAGCUGAGAGGUUUUCCUCCUUCUACUCCUUUCAAGCCUUUUUACUCUCAAUUUCCAUUUCAGCGCUGAAUGACCUCAUAGGUCCUAUAUUCCAUUCUUCUCCAUAACAAGUCAGCUUGCUUUCCCAGUCACCUUACAGUUGCAAGCACAUAUCUGUAUACGUCACAAACAAGGUUACAUAUCAUUUUAGGAGACAAAAUGAUUUUUCUAAGAGAGGUGCUAGAAAUAUUCAUAUUUUUAUACAGACAUAAAAUUAUGGCUCUAAUGACUAGAAUGAGAUUGUCCGACGACUCUCUUCUCGGUUGCCAAAUAAAUGAUGAGUAAUUCUGGAAAACUUGUUGCCAAAUGAUUAAUAGAAUUUUAGAUAUACCAUCUUUAUCUGUGAACCUGCUUUGUGCCAAAGUGUAACCAGUAUGAUUAAGGAAGAAGGUCAUAUUAAACCGGAUUUUCAAAGCCAUUCA